AUGCAAGGAAAAAAAGUUACGAAAGAUGAUAACAAUCACAAGAAUCAUGCAAAUCAAUCCAUCAUGGAACAAUAUAAGUUAACGAGCACACAUAAUACUUUCACUUCUUCCGGUCAUAAUGCACAAAGAAAAGAGGAAUCUAAUGUAAAUGAGCCACCUGAUAAUUCUUUACCAAAGAAAAUGCCAAAUUAUCACAAGAUGUCAACUCUCGAAUUGAAGAAUGCCGUGGCAAAAUAUGGAGUUAAACCUUUAAGCAAAUCCGCCAUGAUUCAUCAAUUGGCCCUUAUUUGGAACUAUUUACAUCGAAAUAAUUAUUUAGAUUUAGAAGAUGAAUCACCAGAUCAUGAAGAGAUUAUAUCGGAUGCUGAAAAUAUUUUGCCGACCAAUGUUUGCUUAAUGAAGGCAUCUAACCAAGUUAAUUCAUCAGAUAACAUUGUUUGCGUUAAAGAUUACCCAGAAUUAUCAGUUAAUACCAAACGAAAAAUAAAAAAUUAUAUAAUAUCAAAGUAUUAUGAGAAGAUCUUAAGAUAUGAGGAGAUUGUUGAUCAGGGAAUUCUAUGCACCGAAAAACAAUUACAACAUUACUUGGACAUGCUUGUAAUUAUGUAUUUUUAG